AGGAUGGGACAGGCUGCGACUUUACCCUGCAGAAGUGGAGGCACCUACGUCACAGAACUCUAUGAGUGGUUUAGGAAGUUCUUAAACGAGUGUCCGAGUGGCCUGAUCACUCUGCAUGAGUUCAGACGCCACUUCUGUGAUGGAACUGUGGGAAUGGAGUCAGCAGAAUAUGCCGAGCAGAUCUUCCGGACACUAGACAGCAAUGGGGAUGGAUUCGUCGACUUCCGAGAAUACGUGAUGGCCAUUAGCAUGCUGUUAGAAGGCUCAUCAGUGGAGAAGCUUCGCUGGUCAUUUAAACUUUAUGACAAGGACAAGGAUGGAGCUAUAACACGAGCAGAGAUGCUUGAUAUCAUGCAGGCUGUGUAUAAGAUGAGCGUUGCAGCCUCUCUAACCAACCCGAAUCCACUGACUGCUGAGGAAUGCACCAACAGGAUAUUCAUACAACUAGACAAGGACAACAACGCUAUCAUCAGUCUGGAGGAGUUCAUUGAAGGGGCUCUGGAUGAUGAGUGGAUAAGAGAGAUGUUGGCAUGUGACCCCAACACUGUAAAGGUAGAGCGUGCCUUUAAGGGUGGCUCUGAAAAUAAAGCUUUGGGUUCUGUUGAGCCUACAGAAUGAAGGAUCUGCUGGAGCUGUACAAUAGCAUCUCUGGCAGUCCUCCUACAGCAUGUAUCUAAAGGUUUCCUGCUCUAACAC